UUUAACUGAAAAAACAUAUACACUUACUUGCACAUCAUACCAACAUCUUCUUUAAAUAGCCCCCACCCCUUUCCAAGCAACUACUUCUAGUUCUCCACAAUAAUGGAAACCUCAUUUCAAGAUUCUCAAUACCCGGGUCUCCAAUCCUCAAACGGGUCAUUUGAUCGCCAAAACGGAUCCGGGUUCUUCAAGAAUGAAGAUUUAUGGCCAAAAAACCAGACCCAUCGAAAGAAAAAUCAAGUUUUUCUUGAAGGGUAUGUUGAGACAUCUGAUGAAGAUGAGCUUGUUAGAGCCAAAAGUUUAACAGAUGAAGAUCUAGAAGAACUUAAAGGGUGUUUGGAUUUAGGAUUUGGGUUCAGUUAUGAUGAGAUUCCGGAGCUCUGUAACACGUUGCCCGCGCUUGAAUUGUGUUAUUCAAUGAGCCAGAAGUUUCUCGACGAGCAGCAGAAGUCGCCGGAGUGUUCGUCGAUGGUAAACGAGUCAUCGUCACCGCUGCCGCCAGCCAAUUGGAAGUUUUCUGCUCCUGGUGAUGAUCCUGAAGAUGUGAAAGCAAGAUUGAAAUUCUGGGCACAAGCAGUUGCUUGCACAGUUAAAUUAUGCAGCUGAAAUGAAUAUGAAGAACACAUAUAAAGCUUAUCUGCAUAUGGAGUUUUGAUAUUAAAAAGACAAACUUUAGGGUUUUAAGUUUAUAUUAUAAUCAGAACAAGUAACAAAGUCUGCAGGAGUUUAUGGAUGUUGUACAUAAUUUCAUCUUGUAUCUUGUAAAGUUAAUAAAUUAAUAAGUUCACACAUGUACGUGUUA